AUGGCACAAAUGCCUGACGAGAAGAUCACCGUCUCUGCUGACGCAAACGUCCAAGGGCGUGACUCGGAAACGGGCCAAGUUCAGAAGAUACCCGUAGGUCUCUCCGCCGAAGAUCUCGAGCAUGCCUUGGCCCUGCAGCGAUAUGUACCGGGGACUGCAGCCGAGAAACGGCUUGUACGAAAGCUGGAUUUCAUUUUACUGCCUGUGCUGUGGUUAAUGUACGUUCUCGCAUAUCUGGAUAGAGGAAACAUUGCAAACGCCAACGCCGCUGGACUGAGCGAGGAUCUGGGUCUAAGCGAUAACCAGUAUUCAUUGUUCAUCUCAACAUUCUUUGUUGGUUACUUCAUUUUCGAAGUUCCAUCAAACCUCAUGAUGGCCAGGUUCCCGCCUUCUAUCUAUUUAUCAAGUAUUGUUUUAGUUUGGGGCGCUGUUGUGGCCGGCAUGUCAGCAUCCAAGAACGCAUCGUCUUUUUUGGCCGGCAGAUUCUUUCUGGGAUGCAUCGAAGCUGGACUAUUCCCUGGUGCGCUGUACUUGUUGACCUGUUGGUACAAAAAGGAUGAAGUUGGAAAGCGGUUCUGCAUAUUCUACACAUCAGGCGCUAUCGCGCCAGCUCUCGGAGGCAUAAUGGCUGGAGCUGUCAUUGGAGGUCUGGACGGCGCACGAGGUUGGGAGGGCUGGCGAUGGCUACUCCUCAUCGAAGGUGUAAUUACCGUUGCUUGCGCUCUCUGCCUAUACUUCCUCUUAGUCGAUUACCCGCUCACCACGAAGCGCUUCAGCCCAGAAGAGCGUCAGCUUGCUUACAUCCGCAUUCUGCACGAUCGCAAGACGAACGUCUCGCAGGAUACCGGAAAGUUGACAGGUUGGCAAGCAGUCAAAGCUGUUGUUGCUGAUGUCCGAACUUGGUUCUUCCUCGUCCUGUAUGUUCUGGACUCCAGUUCGACUACCAUAUCCUACUUCAUCCCUACGAUUCUUAAGCAAAUGGGUUAUACAUCUGUCACAGCACAAUGGAUGACAGUGCCUAUCUGGUCUGUGGCAGCCGUGUUCAUGUUGUUCUUUUCUUGGACAUCUGACAAGACGCAAGACCGCCGUUGGCACAACACCGGCCUUCUUUCGGUCCCCUUCAUUGCUUGCAUCAUCUGUAUGACGGUUCAAGGUGGCGUCGUGAGAUACGUCAUGAUGUGCUUCUUCGUUGCUGGUCUCUACACCGCAGUGCCACUGAUUCUCAACUGGGCAUCUGAGACACUUGCCCUUCCUGAUAAGAAGCGAUCAGUUGCUCUAGCGUGGAUCAAUUCAGUGGGAAAUUUAUCCAUCAUCUAUGGCAGCUACUUGUGGCCUUCGAAAGACAGCCCCAAGUACACCAAGGGAUUCGCAAGCGUUGCAGCCUUUACUGGUGUCGGAGUUAUACUCGCUGCCUUGAUUCCAAUCCUGUUCAGCUUCAAAUUCAUUGUACCUGACCAGCCUAGAACCAAGGCUGAACGCGACUUGCUUGCUAGAGAAGCUGAAUUGACUGUGGAGUUAACUGCUGAGUCUCCUGAACAGUCACAAGUCUGA